GAGCGUUAGAAAUAGAAAACAAAUAACGAAAUGUGUAUAUAGAUAGAUGUCUAUAUAUUUAUUUGAAAAAUAUAGGGAAACUGUAAAAUGUGUAUGCAAAUUUUAGAUUUGUUGAUGAAUACGAGAGGCUUCCUAUAAAUUUAGGGAAGGAUUGGGUCGGUUUAUGAUACAGUGUUCGUGGAACACAGUGGAAGGUGUCAACGCCAAGGAGAUUAAAGAAGAAGAAUCAUAAAGCAGAGGAAAAAGAAAGGACAAAUAGGGUGGAGUUAAUGAGGAAGAUUUUAAGUUGCUGGAGGUCAACCCGGGCAACCCAGCGAGGCACCACAACUAGAAUAGAAAGUGUUUAAUCUAAUUUACGUUGGAUUUAUGGCCGCAGAAUAUUAUCCUAGCUUUUAUCUUCCUGCUUAAAUAUGCCCAGCUAGCUCUGUUGAUUACCUUCCUCGAAUCCUCCAGCUUUGACGUCUAAGCCCUCUCUGUGAGCCAUAUAUAUAUAUAUAUAUAUGUGCAGUCGCAAUCCCUCUGUGACUGACCGCGGACGAAGCUUGUGGUGUUGGCCUCACUGCUUCACAGCUCGCUGCUGCUUCCGUGGAUGUCUCUAAUGGUGAGGAGGAAGCCGAGCAUGGGCCGCCAGAAGAUAGAAAUCAAGAGGAUACAGAACGAGGAGGCUCGUCAGGUGUGCUUCUCUAAGCGACGCAGCGGGCUGUUCAAGAAGGCGAGCGAGCUCUCCAUCCUCUGCGGGGCGGAGCUCGGCGUCGUCGUGUUCUCCCCCGCCGGCAAGGUCUUCUCCUUCGGCCACCCUUCCGUCGACGCCGUGGUCGACCGCUUCCUCGUCGGCACCCCGCGCCCGCGCACGACGGCCACCGCCGUCUCGACCGCGGUCGAGUCCCGCCGCGAGGCGAACGUCCGCGAGCUCAACCGCCAGUGCAUGGAGCUGCACGACCUGGUCGAGGCGGAGAAGAAGAAGCGGGACGCGCUGGAGAAGGCGGUGAAGAAAGAGCGGGCGGGAAGGACCUUCUUGUGGGACGCCGACGUGGAGAGCCUCGGCAUGGAGGAGCUGCAGGAGUUCGAGAGGAGGCUGGCGGAGCUCAGGAGCAGCGUGGCGAGGAGGGCCGACCAGGUGCUGCAAGAGACCCUGGCCCGCAAGCAGCAGCUCCCCGUCAUCGGGAACGACGUCGGCGUGCCGGGGGCCUUCGCCGUCAAGCACGAAGUCGAUGUGCACCCUUCUCUUCCCUCCGGAUUCUUCGGCUACGGACAUGGAUUCUUUGGAUCCAUGUAAUGAAAUCGAAUGAUCUUCUUAUGCUUCCCGUAGGAAUUAUCAUAAAUAAUGGAGUAAAUUCAUACAUACUCCAUCUUGUUCUUAAUAAUACUUUGAUCGUCAUCUAUUU